AUGUACAAGGGAAAAGGAUCCGCAGCCGAUGGAACGCUUGCUCCAGCUGAGGUCGCAGACAGAUUCAAUUUCGUUUCUCCGAGAACAGCAUUUGUCGUUUGGUGUUCAUGGGGGUUUGACGUCGACUGUUGCUUAAUCAAAAUCACCCGCUCUUGGGCCAACUAUAAUACUAUCGUGGAUGCUCAGCAAACGGUGAUUAUGCUUAAGAUCUUCCUAGACAUUUACAAGCACCCAGACGAACGGAAAAUAUUCAAAAAUCUAGAUACACAUGGCUUCGACACUUUGUUCCUUGACCGCUUCAUUGCCUCGUUCCCUGGUCACUUCGUCAGUGCCCUAGCCGACUCCUUUAGCGUGUACAACGAAUCCGUCACAAUCAUAUUCCAACGAACCAACUCGAACGUCCGCAACGUUGAAGCUGCUUUCAUGCAGGCCACUGGAAUCGUUUCACCAACCGCUUGGACCAAUUGUUUGGAAGGAAAAGGAAUGUUCAACCAAUGCAUCACUCUCCCCACUACUAGCGGCACUCGCGAAUGUGCCAAUUGCCAUCUCCACCACAAGGCAGCUCUAUGCUCGUUCAACAAGGACACCACCGCCACUACUCAGGAAGACCCGAACCUUGCUCCCCGGCGCAGUGACAAGGGAAUCCAGCGCAAGUUCGAUGGCCAGGGCCGAGCUGCCCGAGAAACUGACUCGUAUGCUCGUGUGACCCAAAGUUGCUCCCCGCGUCGUGAUGAUGACCUUCUACGAGCUGUCCGAGGUAAUGCCUCGAAUGAUACGGUCCGCCCGCGCUAG